GCGCGAGGGACGCCGCCACCUCCUCCCACGCAGCAGCCGUGUCCUCCCGCUCAGCCGCGCAGGUUGACUCGACCAAAGCGAUGGUUAUGGAGAAGCCUAGUCCCCUGCUGGUCGGGCGGGAGUUUGUGCGACAGUACUACACCUUGCUGAACCAGGCCCCGGACAUGCUGCACAGAUUUUAUGGAAAGAACUCUUCCUAUGCCCACGGGGGCUUGGAUUCCAACGGGAAGCCAGCAGAUGCAGUCUACGGGCAGAAGGAAAUCCACAGGAAAGUGAUGUCACAAAACUUCACCAACUGCCACACCAAGAUCCGCCACGUGGACGCCCACGCCACUCUGAAUGACGGGGUGGUGGUCCAGGUGAUGGGGCUGCUGUAAAACAACCAGGCUCUUCGGAGGUUCAUGCAGACCUUUGUCCUUGCUCCCGAGGGCUCUGUUGCCAACAAGUUCUAUGUUCACAACGACAUCUUCAGAUACCAAGAUGAGGUCUUUGGUGGCUUUGUCACAGAGCCUCAGGAGGAAUCUGAGGAAGAAGUAGAAGAACCUGAGGAAAGACAGCAGACACCAGAGGUGGUGCCUGAUGACUCUGGUACUUUCUAUGAUCAGACUGUCAGCAACGACUUGGAGGAACAUUUAGAGGAGACUGUUGUGGAGCCGGAGCCAGAGCCGGAGCCAGAGCCAGAGCCAGAACCUGUGCCUGACAUCCAAGAGGACAAGCCUGAGCCUGCUUUGGAGGAAGCUGCUCCUGAGGACGUGCAGAAGAGUGCUUCCCCGGCCCCAGCGGAUGUGGCCCCAGCACAGGAGGACUUGAGGACAUUUUCUUGGGCAUCUGUGACUAGUAAGAACCUUCCUCCCAGUGGGGCUGUUCCAGUGACGGGGACACCGCCUCAUGUGGUCAAGGUGCCACCUUCGCAGCCCCGACCAGAAUCUAAGCCUGAUUCUCAGAUUCCACCGCAAAGGCCUCAGAGAGAUCAGAGAGUUCGAGAGCAGCGGAUCAACAUCCCCCCCCCCCAGAGGGGACCCCGGCCAAUCCGAGAGGCUGGUGAACCAGGAGAUGUGGAACCUCGAAGGAUGGUGAGGCACCCUGACAGUCACCAGCUCUUCAUCGGGAACCUGCCACAUGAAGUUGACAAGUCAGAACUGAAGGAUUUUUUCCAAAAUUAUGGGAACGUGGUGGAGCUGCGCAUUAACAGUGGCGGGAAGUUACCCAACUUCGGUUUUGUUGUGUUUGAUGAUUCUGAGCCUGUUCAGAAGGUCCUUAACAAUAGGCCUAUCAUGUUCCGAGGUGCGGUCCAUCUGAAUGUGGAAGAGAAGAAGACUCGAGCUGCCAGGGAAGGUGACCGCAGGGACAACCGCCUUCGCGGACCCGGAGGCCCCCGUGGUGGGCCAAGUGGUGGGAUGAGAGGCCCUCCCCGCAGAGGCAUGGUGCAGAAACCAGGCUUUGUCGUGGGCAGGGGAAUUACAACUCCAAGCAGUGAAUUGCUUGGCCCAGAUCUUCACACAGCACACAGCCCUGGCUCCUGCAGAAUGGUGAAUUCCUUCAACCAGCCUUUGGUGUCUCGGAGUAGUCUAUUAUAAACUGCUUGAGUUUGUACAACUUUAAUUUCUCUUGUGUUCAUGGUGUGUGCUCCCCACCCCCCUUCCCUCCCCUGACCUUUUAGUCCUUCACUUCCAGUUUUCCGGAAUGAAUCUUUAGGAGGAAUAGAUUUUUACAGAAGAGGAAAGAC